GGCGGUGCUGCUGCUGGCGGUGGUGUAGCCGGGAGAGGUUCAGUGAGGAGCGAGUCCCGGCACGGCGGCAGCCAUGGGGCUGCAGCCCCUGGAGUUCAGCGACUGCUACCUGGACAGCCCCUGGUUCAGGGAGCGGGUCAAAGCCCAUGAGGCCGAGCUGGAGAAGACCAAUAAGUUUAUCAAGGAGCUGCUGAAGGAUGGGAAAAACCUGAUCGCCGCCACCAAAAACCUCUCAGCAGCCCAGAGGAAAUUUGCCCAUUCUCUAAGAGACUUCAAAUUUGAAUUCAUUGGUGAUGCAGAGACAGAUGAUGAAAGAUGCAUAGAUGCAUCACUUCAUGAAUUUUCAAACUUCUUAAAAAAUUUGGAAGAACAAAGAGAAAUUCUGGCACUCAGUGUUACUGAAACUCUGAUCAAACCUUUGGAAAGAUUUAGGAAAGAGCAGCUAGGAGCUGUAAAGGAGGAAAAGAAGAAGUUUGAUAAAGAGACUGAGAAGAACUACAGUUUGUUAGAAAAGCAUUUGAAUUUAUCAGCUAAGAAGAAAGAGCUGCAAUUACAAGAGGCAGAUAACCAAGUGGAGCAGAAUAGGAAACACUUCUACGAGCUGUCCCUUGAGUAUGUGUGCAAGCUGCAAGAGAUACAGGAGAGGAAGAAGUUUGAAUGUGUGGAACCUGUGUUAUCUUUUUUCCAGGGUUUGUUCACUUUCUAUCAUCAGGGAUAUGAGCUUGCUAAAGACUUCAAUCAUUACAAAAUGGCCCUGCAGAUAAACAUACAAAAUGCACGGAAUCGUUUUGAAGGAACAAGGUCAGAGGUAGAGGAGCUCAUGAACAAAAUCAGAAGAAACCCUCAGGAGCAUAAAAGGGCCAAUCACAUCACGAUGGAAGGCUAUCUCUACGUGCAGGAGAAGAGGCCUGCCCCCUUUGGCUCCAGCUGGGUGAAGCACUACUGCACCUAUAUGAAAGAGACAAAGAAGUUCACCAUGAUCCCAUUUGAACACAGAUCAGGAGGCAAAGUUGGGGAUGAGGAGCUCUUCGUCCUUACAUAUUGUACUAAAAGAAAUAUAGAUACCACAGACAGGAGAUUCUGUUUUGACUUGGAAGCUUCAGACAGGCCUGGAGUUCCCGUGACCAUGCAGGCGUUUUCUGAGGAGGACAGAAAGCUGUGGAUGGAAGCCUUGGAUGGGAAAGAAGCUCUCUUCAUCAGUGUGAGCAGAACAAGUGCCAAACGAGAGGGAAGUGCACAGUUGGAUAAGAUAGGGUUCACCGUCAUCAAAAAGUGCAUCACUGCUGUUGAGACACGAGGUAUUAAUGACCAAGGACUGUACAGAGUUGUGGGGGUGAGUUCAAAGGUCCAGAGACUUCUGAGUUUGUUGAUGGAUGCAAAAACUUGCAAUGAAGUUGACCUGGAGAACUCUGUAGAUUGGGAAGUGAAGACAAUUACAAGUGCUAUGAAGCAGUAUCUGCGAAGCCUUCCGGAGCCACUGAUGACGUACGAGUUGCACGGAGAGUUCAUCGUUCCUGCCAAAAGUGGGAGUCCUGAAUCUCGAGUUAAUGCCAUCCACUUCUUGGUCCACAAACUCCCAGAGAAGAACAAGGAGAUGCUGGAGAUGUUGGUGAAGCAUUUAGCCAACGUCUCAAAGCAUGCCAAGAGGAAUCUAAUGACCGUGGCGAAUCUGGGGGUCAUAUUUGGACCAACCUUAAUGAGGCCGCAGGAAGAAACUGUAGCAGCCAUCAUGGACCUCAAGUUUCAGAACAUUGUUGUUGAGAUCCUGAUAGAAAAUCACGAGAAGAUUUUCAAAACCCUGCCUGAUGCCACUUUCCCCGAGCCAAUCUCUAUGUCAGUGUCUCCUCCAAAUGCCCCACCAAGGCAAUCAAGAAGACAAGGACAACGUAUUAAGAGGCCUCUGGCUGUUUACAAUCUCUGUCUUGAGCUGGAUGAUGCUGACAGCCACACUUCUCCCAGAGAAGACACCCCAACCGGGAGUACGGAUUCUCUUUCUUCCCAAUCUCCAACGCCUGCCUUUUCCAGCAGCCCCCCUGGGCUCCUGGAUGGAAAUCACUUCAUUAUGGACAGUGGAGAUCUUGCAGGCUGGACAACAAAUCUCCCUGGUCAAAGCCGCCCAUCGAUGGUCUCCUGGAUGAAUCCUCCCUCUGCCACAAAUGCUGCACCAUCUGCUUUCUUCUUCCCCAACCCUGCUGCUGGGAGUGACAGAGCGCUGGAGAGCGCUGCCCACCGCAAAGCAAGAGCGGUUUACCCCUGUGAGGCAGAGCACAGCUCAGAGUUGUCAUUCCAGAUGGGAGCAAUUUUUGAAGAUGUGCAAUUUUCCAGAGAGCCAGGCUGGCUAGAAGGCACACUAAAUGGCAAGAGAGGACUUAUUCCACAGAACUAUGUUCAGUUUUUAUAGCUCCCUGCGCUGAAUGCCAGGCAAGGUGUACAUGGUAUCCAUGGAUUUCUGUUAUAGUCACUUCUCUCUCCUUUUGUGACUGCUUUUAAUCACUGAAGAGCUCAACUAUGGGUUGAAGAUCCACAUCUCUGUAAAGACUUUUAAGCAUUGCCAAAUAUGAACUACAAAAGAGUCUUUAAGGUUGGAGUGGGGGUGGGGGCAAAUGGGACUAGAAAGGGGAAUGGAAAGUUAAUUUUUUUAACAGGGUGCUUUUUUUCAGCUGUCAAGAGCAGCAGUGGUUAUGUUUGUUUGCAAGGUAACUAGCAUUUGGAAGUAAAAAUAUUUGGCUGAGCUGUGACUCAGCUAUCAGCUGAAGAAGAUUUUGAUAAGCUGGCUGUUGUGGAGGUUAUGCACCAGUGACCAGCACCCAUAACCAGCUCUCUUGACCAGAGUCUGAGCUGGGUCUGGAGAAGGCCGUUGGGUGACAAGAGCUAUCCUGCUGACAAUUGAGUUAUAAUUCAAAGUGGAAUGGACAGGCCAGAAGGGACACCAGUAAGUAAAAUGAUAGAUAUCAAGACAUGACAUUUUCCAGUGUCUCCAGAGAACAGAUUGGUUGAUGUUGUGUGUGUAUGGUUUCAUUUAUUUCAUCAAGAGAAGACACAUGAACUUUUAGUGCAGGCUUCUAUAUGUCAUGGUUCCUUUGCUACUCGAAAAUAUCACUGUAAAUGAAAUAAAAUGUUAUUUGCUAUUUGACUUGAAGUCAUUCCUAUGGUAGAGAAUAUUUGGCUCUGCCUCUGUUAUGAUGUGAAAUGAUUAUUGGCAGCUGUGCGCAGCCAGCCUCAAGCAGGCUCCGAGAGGGAUGGAUGGGGAACUUUCCUCCCUGCAAACAGGCAGCUCUGCAAGCUGAAGCCAAAGGGGAAAGAGAAUCCCUGGCUGUGGUCCUUGUGUAUCCUGGAGGCAUCGUGCAUGGUCUGUCUGUCUAGCUCCUCCUUUAGCUUCCCUGCCUUCCUUCCCUGUAAUUGUCAACUGUCUUAAUGAUGCUUCCCCUUUCAGAAUCCACAAGUAGCUGCCGCAUAACUUUCAGAGCUAUUUGAGUAGCAAAGAGUUAUCUGUGCAUGGUCAUAGACAAGGCUUCCAGGAGUCUGUGGUGUGUGAAGCUGUGCCUUGUGGUUAAAGCAAGUUCUGUGCAGUGUAUCAUUAACCUUUGCAUUUUUCUCUCCUUCAAGUGAGACCCUCUGGGAGGCGGUGGAGAGGAUGCAGGAAAAUCUGACGGGAUGAUGUGCCGCCACAGGCUCCCUCGUUAACUGGGCUCUGUGGAGUUGGAGUCAUCUACUGCAGACAUACUUAGCUUGCAAGUUUUUGUAACUAAUGUGAUUAGUAAACCAGUUAAUGGUUAAUGCUGCCUUAAGGCUAGGAUGCCUUUCCCCCCCCUUUUAACUCCAUACCAUUAUGUUGUUCCUUUGCCCAGACUGCACACACCAUUGGAGUAUGCACAGAUCAUUUCCAGGUGGAGCAGUGGUGGCCAAGUGAGAGCUUUUGAGAUUCCUGUUACUCCUGGAGCCAUGCAGGCCCCAAGUGAGAAGAAAGCUUUUCUACUGAGAACUGAUACACUGAGCAGAGGAGUGAAAGAACAACCUCACUGGCUGAUGUAUCUGUCCUGUAAUGAAGAGUUCCUGCUGCAUGCUUACAGCCUUGGCUGGCUCAGCCUCUCUAAUGGUACCAAAGUGAUGAACUGGGGAGAAACUUGCCUUUGUCAGUGUCCUCUGUGCUUUUCUUUCUCUUCACCCAUUUCACAAGCCUUACCUGGUUUGCAGUCUAAAGAGAGAAGUUGCUGGCGGAGGGCUUAUGAGGGCUGCAAAUGCACCAGUGCUUAAUGUGGUUUCACUGGAAGUCUUCACUGGAGUUUCACCUUCUAAGCUAAGCUGGAUGUGCUUUGGACAUCAUCUCCUACAUCAGAGUUCAGUGAUGUGCCCUCAGCUGUGCUGGCUGCAACCACAGGUUUAGAUAAAAAAAGUGAUGGCUAUUCUGCUUAGGUGUCCUCGCCAAGAGAAUACUGCCUCUUGCAACAUCUAUAUCCAAUUGCAGCUAUCACUUCAAUGAUCUCUAGCAAAAAAAGUAGUAAUCAAUGAAUGGUUUCAUAAACAACAGUCUUGCUCCAGAGAAAACAUUUUGGAGACAAGAUCAGAGCACCUGAGGUGCCCUGGUAGUGUGAACGUUUGUCCUCUCAGAUCUACUCUGCUUACUACAAAAGUGCUUACAAAAGUACAGACCCUUCCGGCUGAUCACUACAAACUCCACUCAGGCACCAACUGGCCACCAGGAACACUCGAGCUGCAGCUGCACAACAGCUAUGACGAUACAACUUUCUGCCC